AUCACCUUCUUGCUAAAGCAAUGGACGUUGAGUUAGUUUAUAGGUUUUACGAAUUUUGUUUAUAUCUUCGAUAAUCGCGCUCGUAAACUUUUGAAACCACUUUCAAAAUCAAUAUCAUAGAUCAAUAAUGUAGUGCGUGUAUUUAUAAAUGAUCGAAAUAGUGUGUUUUACGUGAACGCUGUUGCCUUAACUUUUCACCAUUUCUGUGUUUAACAAUUGAUUAACUCAAAGCACUGUUGUAUUUUCAAACGUUUUUUAUUGUUAUUAAAUCACAUUUACACUGUUUUAAUUAAGUUUAAAUUACAUUAUAAGUGUGUGGUAGACGUUUCUGUGCAAGUUUUACAUUGUUUAAGUGGUGUAUUACCUUUUAUAUUAUAGUAGUCAAAAUGGUUUCUUAUUCUGCGUAAACAACACUGAAUCAUGGCAUUGUGUGAGGGUCAACUUGAUUCUGUUUUGCAAAUAAACGGUAACGAGACUCCUGACAAACCGAAUACCCAGGAUAAGAAGAGGAUGGAGCCAAACGGAGACAUCUAUGGAUUGGACAAAGUACCGCCCUUACCGUUGAGCGUAGACUACCGUUCGCCCCUGUCCCACUUCGUACCGCCCGCCGUCGAGUUGUACGCAGCGAGACACAAGCCGGAGAUAAAUGUCGCGCCCGUCAUGACUGAAACGCCACCGCCAAUGAAGAGAAAGCGUGGGCGGCCGAGGAUCGACAAAACGAGCCCAGAAUACUUGGCCAAUUUGGCUGCAAGGAAACAGGCCAGGGAGAUGGCGGCUGUCAUGAACAAUCGACCGGACUCGGGGGGUGAGAAACGCAAGCGUGGAAGACCUCGCGUCGAUAAGACCAGCCCCGAGUAUUUGGCGAGGAAGCGUGCACGAGAGAUUGAAGCAAUGGACAAGAAGGCUAAGAAGGAAUACCGAAGACGCGCGACCGGUGCGAAAAUCGUGAAAUCAUCGAAUGGUAUGACGACACGCGUUAAAAAAGUACAAGCGAAUAAAUUAACAAACGUUAGAAAGACGUCACAAAAGAUAGCGGUAAGGAAGGCGGGCGAUAAAAAGAUCAUAGUACGAAGAAAUAUUAAAUUUAUAAAGCGAAAAGAUUCGGCUGCUUCGUCGUCAGCGGGCGAGACGACGCCGCGUAUUAAGAGAAAGUACACCAAACGGACGCCCAAUACGAGCAAGGAUUCGACGCCGAAUUCUGAUCGUGUGAAAGGCAAAAGAGGGAGACCGAGGAAGACUGAUCAACUUGCUUCCAAGCAGCCGGACCAGCCGAAGAUCCGCGUAAGGAGCAACUUGAUGCCCACGAACACGGAGCCAAUCACGGUGGAUAGUGAUGACGAUUUGGGUUUUUCUUCAGGAUCACCGAGCCAAGCGUCCGAUUCGCUCAGCUUGGACGAGAACCUCCGAGCUCUGAGACAUAUACACGAAAAAUAUGCGAAUAUCGAUAAGGAUGAUUUAUACGAGGCCCAUUUACUUGCUGCGAAUUUCAAGAAACCACCGAUGGACCAAGUCCAGCGGCUGGCGAGAGAUGAGGAUGAGGUGCUUUCCAUACGGAGUUCUGAAGGUUGUCCGUCGGUUAAGGAGUUAGAUAUGAGAGCCGAGAAGUUAGAUGACAGUUCGAAUAGUGGAUCCGGAAGUAGUAGUUCCGCUUCGUCGGUCGACGGGGACGCGAAAGACGCAGGUAGUUCCAGUUCAUCAUCCUCUUCAUCGUCAUCGGAUAGUUCGAGCUCGUCGGACAGUUCUGACAGCGACAGCGAUGAUGAGGGGAAACCGGAUGACGAGAACAGCCAGCAAUCUGUGAAUAAUCUUGAAGAUGACAGAUCGUUCGGGGCAUGGUCCUACAGUCUCCAGUCCGGUACAAACACUGAUUCCGAAUCAGAUUCCGAUCCUGAGCGGUCCGGUCCGGUUGAACCGAUUCCGGCUCAGGAUGAGAUAAGCGAAUCGGAAAACGAAUCGGCGGAUAAAAGCUUUCAAUGUCAUCUGUGCAGGAAAUGGUAUUCAACUCGGGUUACCCUCAAAAUACACAGACGCGUUCAUCAGAACAAAGGCGGUGGUAAUUCCCGUUCUCGUACGCGAUCGUCGGACAGGUACGAGUGUGACUGCUGCAAUGAGACGUUCAAUCGUCGGGAGAAACUCUGGGAGCAUAAGGCGGAAGUGCACCGGGGCUCGAUGACGGUGCGCUGCGAGGUGUGCCGCAAGUGCUUCGAGGACGACGCGGAGCUGGCCGCGCACGACCGCACGCACACGGCGGACGAGCGCGCCGGCCGCUGCGCCGACUGCGGCGCCGCCUUCGCGCGCUACGAGCAGCUGCGCCGCCACCGCGCGCACGCGCACGCGCUGUCGCAGCCGCCGCGCCUCCCGCACGCCUGCCAGCAGUGCGGCAAGCGCUUCUCGCACGCGCACUCGCUCACGCGGCACAUGCACAACCACGCCAAGCAGCUCUACCGCUGCGUCGUCUGCAAGGCUUCCUUCGCCCGGGCCGACCAGCUCGCCCAGCAUCUGAACAGCCACCUCGCGAACUACAAGCGUCUGAAACAAUAAUGCACACUUGGCGUCUUGGCGCCGCGUUUGAAACGAUCGUUUAUUAGCCGCGACACUAGUGACGGGAGAGUUAGCGAGAGUUCCAGGCGUUCGGCUUGGAUCGGUGUCGCAUGGGGUCUGACGUUCGGAUACGAGUAACUUACGAGUGACUGUUGCGUUGUGUUACGGCUGAACUGACUACGUGCUACGAUACGUGUGAUCCCUAGCGUGGCGUAGCGUGGCGUAGCUUAGCGUAGCGUCUGCCUUUCUAUUUAUAGAAUAAUGUAAAAGAAAAUUAACAAAUUCAUGUUUUUUCAUACUUUUGUUGACAGUUUGUACAGAUUGUAUAGAACGUAAAGUAAAGAGUAAUUUAACCCAAAGUCGAAUAGUGCACGGACGGUAGUCGAUAGAUUUAUAUAUAGACAUAUAUAUACAUAUAUUAGAAUAUGGGUGUCUGUCCCGCAUCAUGUUUCAAAUCGUAUACUAAGUGAAGUUUGUAUGAAAUCGAUUCUCGUCAAUGUGUAUUGAAUUUAUUUAAUACAAUCUUUAGUGGAACCUUUAAAGUUAUUAGCACUUCUUGUACGAUACGUGCCUUACGUGGAUCACGUCACGCUGGACGCCACCGAGUGUGACCGAGUGUGACGUGAUCCGGGGAAGGACCCGAUUGUGUAAAAUAUGUAAUAGAAAAUUAAGUGUAUUUUCGCGAUCACAGAAUUCGUAAGUAAUGUCCUCGGGAACGUGCGAGAGAGACGAACGAUCUGUGGUCGUGAGUCUUCGUCUCCUGUCCUGACUCCAUUGCGUCAGAAUCGAGUGAGAUUCUGGUUUCAAAGCUCGUUGUAGUCGAACGGUCUCGAUACACAUUCGACACACAUCAGUGUCGACAGCGUGGUCAGGGCCCUCGUGUGACGUCACGCGACGUGUGAGCCCCGACGAGAGCACUCUCGCAAGUGAGACAGCGAUAGAUUGAAUGUUCGAGCGCUACGCUUGAUGUUUUUUAUAGAUUUAACGCCUUCGAAUCGUUUUAAAAUAAACUGUUCUGUAUAUAUAAAUAGUCAAUUACGUAUUUGAAUCUAGAAUGUUAAUUUUUGAAGUUUUUAUUUUUUUUUUAAGUUUAAAAAUGAAUUCGAUUGUCUCUUUUAUAAUUGUACGGCCGAUUGUCUCACUGUAGCUAGCUAAUAAAAUAGUUUUGAUACAAGACAAUAUUAUGUAUAAGCGAAAUUCUACGAGCUGUUCGAACGCGGCGACGGGGGAAGUGCAAGUUACAUAACACAGACAUACACACAAUCUAAUUAUAUUAUAUGAAUAUAGAGUUUUAUUUA